AUGGCCUCUCGCAGUUAUCUUUCACUGAUCCUGGCAAGCAUUGCCACGUGCCUGUCGGCCCAGAAUGCGUCCGGGGUAGAUCUGGGCUGGUAUCCGCCCAAGAAGAGCUGGAUCAACAGUCUCGACCAGGUACUCAACAGUACCGGAACCCAUGGCUUUGUCUUCAACAGCUCGCAAUUGCCGGCGGGCGUGCCGUACGGCACGUACAAUUGGUGCAACAUGCCCCAUGUGCGGAGGGAAGAGUAUGUAAAGGCUGCUGAUGAGUUUGAGCUCGUCUACGUCGAAGUCAUCCACCGCCACCACAAGCGCACGCCAUAUGCAUCCAACACGUUCCCGCGCGAAUCGUACCGCUGGGAAUGCAAAGACCAGGGCCUCUUCUACUACGGCGAGCCCCUCGCCCACGGCGCCAACACCUCGGCCUCGACGUACUGGAGCGUCUACACCGACACGGUGAACCCGUUUCCCCAGCCCGGCUUCAACGGAUCCUGCCAGUUCCCGCAGAUUACGCGCGAGGGCCUCGACGACUCCCAGCAGCACGGCAGCGAUCUCUUCGCCGUCUACCACGACCUACUGGGUUUCCUUCCCAGAGACCUCAACCACCGCGUGAGCUACCGCGUAACCAACAAUGUCAUCACAAGCCAAGUCGCAGGCAUGCUCGUACGAGGCAUGUAUGCGCCUCGACAAAAGGUGCCUCUCCACAUCCAGCCGUCCACCAUCGACUCCCUCGAACCAGCCUACUCGUGCCCCGCAGCCACCAAGCUCUACGCAUCCUACGGCGUCGGCAGCACCGCCGCAAACUGGACUGCGCAUCUCAAUGCCUCGCGCCCGCUCUUCACCGCCCUGGAUGCUAUCAGCGGCAUUGCUUCCAACGCUACAGACUGGCACGUCUCAUUCGACCACUACUACGACAACCUGUCUGCACGCCAAUGCCACGCCAAACCUCUCCCUUGCAGCACCCGCGCCCCGCACCUCUGCAUCUCGCAAGCCCAAGCCGACACCGUGUACCGGCUAGGUCAAUACGAGUACUCGUUUAUCCAUCGCGAUGCGCCGCAGUCGCUGCGUGCGGCCGCCGCCUCGUACGGCGUGUACCUGGCGGAACUAGCGCGCAAUAUGCGGGCUGUGCGCGCGGGAACCCACAGUGUGCUUUACAGACAUAAUGUCGCGCAUGAUGGCUCCGUGGCGAGGUUGUUGAGUUUCCUGCAGGUCCAGAGUAUGGUGUGGGUGGGUAUGGGGGCCGAGGUUGUGUUUGAGGUUUAUCGGCGGUGGGAGGAUUGCAAUACUGAUAGUAGUAGUAGUAGUAGUAGUAGUAGUAGUAGUAGUAGUCGAAGUGAGGCUGAGGCUGCUGGAAACUGGAACCACUACAUCCGCAUCCUAUGGAGCGGCCAGGUCCUGCACAGUUCCAACCCCAGUCUAGGUUCCAUCGACAUGCUAGAUCUAGAUGUGUUUCUGGCAUAUGUCGAGGGGCUUGUGGGGAGGAGUGGGGCUGAGAAGGUGUUGAGGGGGUGUGCGGUGUAG